AUGGAUGUCACUAUAGAUGAGGACAUCGAUCGGUGCCACGAGUUUGUUGUCGCGGAUCUACAGACCAGUGGCCGUGUGUUGUGGUCAGUGGUCAACAACGCGGGUGUCCUGACGUACGGACACCUGGAGUGGGGCGAGUUUGACGACUUUGUUAAGGUGUAUGAUGUGAACGUGUUUGGUGUGGUUCGGGUGACCAGAAAAUUCAUACCACUUAUUAGAGAAACAAAGGGUCGUAUUGUGAUCGUGGCGUCGAUGGGGGGCCGACUGGCCUCAGACAACCUGUCGGCCUACUGUUCAUCAAAAGCGGCCAUUAUAUCGGUGGCCACAGUAUUGCGGCGAGAGAUGGCCAAGUUUGGGGUCCGGGUGUCUACUAUUGAACCGGCAUUUUUCAAGACCGGUGUCUACUAUGCAGUCGUGCCGUCGUUUGAGCACAACUGGGUCAACACACUCGACCCCAUACGCCAGGUCUACGGUGACCAGUAUUUUGCCGAUCAGUUGGCGGCGUUAAAACGGCGCCGUCGGUUGUCCUUUGGGUCUAAGAAUUUGGGAACAGUUGUCGACGCUAUGGUCGAUGCGGUCCGCAGUCGGAGCCCUAAUAGGACUUAUAGUCCGGUUAAUUUGUGGCCAUUAAAAGUGGUGCCACUAGUGUUGCCAUAUAUACCCCAAUGGGUACUGGAUUUAGGUUUCCGUGAAUUGGAUUCAACGAAACCGGCGUUUGUGUCACAGAAAGCGAAAUAA